AAGUGAAUUUUACCGGUCUGACCCUGUCAGCACUGCGCUAGCGUGUUACUGCCGUCUCUCAGUGAUUUUUACCAGUAUGUAUUUUUUUAACCGGCCCUGUUAGUGCGCAAAAUGGUACAAUAUUUCCUUUACAAACGUAUGGGGUGAGGCUUACAACCAGGUGCGCUCUGUCGGCCGGGAAUUACGGUAAUUAAUUAAUCGACCGAUUGCCGUUGAAUCGAUUAAUCGUAACAUCUCUACUACAACACGCGCGCACACACAGUGACUGACUCCACUUGACACUUACCGGCGCGUUUUGUUUGUUUAAACGCUAAUGAUUAUACGCUUGUCACACGCCCAGUGAUUGACUAUCAAUGUGUGUGUGCACGUUUGUGUAUAUGUGUGUGCGUUUAGUCUACUGUCCACACGGGCAUCUGCUGUACGCCACAGCUCACCGACACAUACACUCCAUUAUCCCCUAGCAAGGCCUAUACGCGUGUGUGUGUGCACGACACAUUAAGGUGAUGUGCUUAAUCUGUUCACGUGGGGGGGGGGGGCACUUUUCACACGAAAACUCCACACACGCACACACGCUCGCAAACUUACACUUUGAUGCAGAUGGCUCAGAAAAGAAGGAGUGAGAGGGAUGAAUGUGGGACGAAUGUAUGCAACUGGGAUGGCCUGACGAAGAAGGUUGUGGGAUUUUAACGGGGAUCCAGGUGUCCUUUUUAUAAGUGCAUGUAAAGAGAGAGGGGGAAUAUUGUCCAAGUGCGCAAGGAUGUCUAACUCCACCGCCAACUUCUACGCGCUGUCUCAGUCCUUCAGCUUCUCUGACAUCAUCGUCAUAGUAACCUACUUCCUUCUCAACCUGGCCGUGGGCAUCUGGUCGUCAUGCAAGGUGAGCCGGAACACGCUCAGCGGCUACUUUCUAGCGGGGCGAGACAUGGCCUGGUGGCCGAUUGGAGCGUCCCUGUUUGCCAGUUCAGAGGGCUCGGGCCUGUUUAUCGGUCUAGCUGGGACGGGAGCUGCCGGAGGCAUCGCUGUCGCGGGCUUUGAAUGGAAUGCCACUUAUGUGUUGCUGGCUCUAGCCUGGGUGUUUGUUCCUGUCUACAUCUCCUCAGGGAUCGUGACAAUGCCCGAGUACCUGGGCCGGCGUUUCGGAGGAGAGAGGAUUCGAACCUACCUGGCUGUCCUCUCACUGCUUCUGUCAAUCUUCACAAAGAUUUCAACUGACCUCUACUCGGGAGCCCUGUUCGUCCAAGUGUGUCUGGGAUGGAACCUCUACCUUUCCACCGUCCUCAUGCUGGUGGUCACGGCGCUCUACACCAUCGCCGGUGGUCUUGCCGCUGUCAUCUACACAGACACUCUGCAAACAUUGGUGAUGAUUGUAGGCGCCAUCAUUCUCACCAUUACUGCUUUCAACAAGAUUGGCGGCUUCGGUAACCUGGAGAAAGUGUACAGCACGGCAGUGCCCAGCAAGAUAAUACCCAACAGCACCUGCCACCUGCCUCGGCAGGACGCCAUGCAUCUAUUCCGAGACGCCGUCAGCGGAGACUUGCCCUGGCCCGGCAUGACGCUGGGGCUCACCAUCCUGGCCACCUGGUACUGGUGCACCGAUCAGGUGAUUGUCCAACGAUCCCUCUCCGCAAAAAACAUGAGCCACGUGAAGGGAGCGUCCAUCCUGGCUGCCUAUCUGAAGAUGCUGCCCUUCAUCUUCAUCAUCCUCCCGGGCAUGAUCAGCCGCGCUCUCUACCCAGACACAGUGGGGUGCGUCGACCCCGAGGAGUGUGUGCGAGUGUGCGGCGCCGAGGUGGGAUGCUCCAACAUUGCCUUCCCCAAACUCGUCAUUGAGCUCAUGCCUAGCGGCUUGCGCGGGCUAAUGAUAUCAGUGAUGAUGGCCGCUCUGAUGUCUUCGCUGACCUCCAUCUUCAACAGCAGCUCCACACUUUUCACCAUGGACAUCUGGAAGAAGCACCGGCCGAGAGCCUCGGAGAGAGAAUUGCUACUUGUAGGCAGGAUCGUGACGGUGAUCUUGGUGGUGGUGAGCGUGGUGUGGAUCCCCAUCUUGCAGUCCGCCAACAGCGGCCAGCUCUACGUUUACAUUCAGUCGGUGACCAGCUACCUGGCGCCGCCCGUCACGGCCGUCUUCACUCUGGCUGUCUUCUGGAAGAGAACCAACGAGCAGGGCGCCUUCUGGGGCCUCAUGGUAGGUUUGGUGGUGGGAGUGUGCAGGAUGGUCCUGGAGUUCGCCUUCCCCCCCGCCAGAUGCGGCGUGGCGGACUCGGCGCCGGCGGUCCUGCGCCGCGUGCACUACCUCCACUUCGCCAUCCUGCUCUGCGGGCUCACCGCCAUCGUGGUCACCGCGGUGUCGUUGCUGACGCCUCCGCCGGGCCACGAGCAGUUGAGGAACCUGACCUGGUGGACGCUGACGGAGGAGUCGCCCGGAGAAAUCCCUCUGCAGAAAAUAUCUUCCGUCGGUCACCGUAAUUCUCAAGACGUGUCCUGCAACUAACCCCCGUCAUGGCUCCAAAGAAGGCAAGCGGAAGCUCACGACCGAAGAACUCCUGCACCUCCCACUGCCCAAUUUUUAAGACUUGGAACGCAUUAUUUCUUUUUCCAUUCAUUCUAAUGGGAAAUAUCGAUUUGGUUUUCGAACAAAUCGCUUCUCGAACUGCCUUCUGGAACGGAUUGCGGUCGAGAACCGAGGCUGCAGUAUGCAUGCAAAACAUGUUACCGUUUCACACUAUUUUGUUGUUAUUGAAUUAAGUUUACAACGCAGAAUGAGGUACGAAAACACAAAAUGUCCCCCUUUUUGAUCUUCUGGUUGUUCUACGUAGUGAAUUAAAGACCACAUGGUAUAAAGUGUUCUCCACAUUGACUUGGUACUGACGCUGUUAGUCGAGGGAGUAAAAGCAAUAU